AUGUCUUCCAAAUCCAGAUGGGCCGAUGACGACCCGGAAACAGAGGCAAUAAUCGCGCAACAAAAGCGCGAAAAAGAACAAAAACGACGCGCCAAAGCGGAGAAGCAGCGACAACUCGAAGAAGCCAAGGCCCAGCAAGCUCGACAGGAUGCAAACAACACGCAAACCCCCAAUGGCGACUCAGGACCCCCGACAAAGCGACGCAGGCUCUCAACUGACGCGACCUCGUCGAAUGCCGCGGUAGCCAUCGAUGCCCAAGAGAAAGUGCAGCCUUCUUUGCUUCGCUUCCCGAUCGGCGAAUGGGGGCCUUGCAGGCAUGUGGAUAACUUCGAACGCUUGAACCAUAUUGAGGAGGGCUCGUAUGGAUGGGUGUCGCGCGCGAAAGAUAUCUCCACGGGGGAGGUUGUUGCCCUGAAGAAGCUGAAGCUGGAGAACUCGCCGGACGGGUUCCCAGUGACUGGGUUGCGGGAGAUCCAAACCCUCUUGGAGGCCCGACACCAGAAUGUUGUUUAUCUGCGAGAGAUAGUUAUGGGCAACAAGAUGGACGACGUAUACCUAGUGAUGGAUUUCCACGAACAUGACCUCAAAGCCCUUCUAGAUGAAAUGCGCGAGCCUUUCCUUCCGUCCGAGAUCAAGACUGUCCUUCUGCAGGUAGUCGGCGGGCUCGAAUUCCUCCACUCACAGUGGAUCAUGCAUCGCGAUCUCAAAACUUCGAAUCUCUUGAUGAACAACCGCGGUGAACUCAAAAUCGCCGACUUUGGCAUGGCCCGCUACUAUGGCGAUCCGCCGCCAAAGCUAACCCAGCUCGUGGUAACACUCUGGUACCGAUCCCCAGAGCUGCUCUUGGGCGCAGACAAAUACGGGACGGAGAUCGACAUGUGGAGCAUUGGAUGUAUUUUCGGCGAGCUUCUCACGAAAGAGCCUCUCCUCCAGGGCAAGAACGAAGUCGACCAAGUGUCCAAGAUCUUUGCCUUGACCGGCCCACCAACCUCACAGACGUGGCCUGGCUUCAGGUCACUGCCAAACGCCAAAUCCCUUAAGAUCCCAUCAUCCUCAGCAUCAGCAUCCACAGGAAAUAUCCCUCUCCUUCCCCGCUCAAAAUUCCCCUAUCUCACCAACGCCGGGUUAGGCCUUCUAUCAGAACUCCUGGCAUUGAACCCUGCAUCCCGGCCGACGGCGAAGCAAUGUCUGGAGCAUCCUUACUUCCGAGAGGACCCACGCCCAAAGCCGCGUGAGAUGUUCCCUACUUUCCCCUCCAAGGCUGGCAUGGAGAAGCGCAGACGACACCAUACACCUGAAGCUCCCAAGCGGGGCCAGGAAGCGCCCGAGCUGGACUUUGCGGGCGUCUUUGGGGGCGCUCCUGGUGGAGAUGCGGGCGAGGCAGGAGCUGGCUUUACUCUCCGACUGGGAUAG